AUGCCUCCUGUUGCCGCUUCCGCCGAGAGCGCAUCGCCGAUUGGCAUCGCCAACCUGCCGAACCAGCGGCACAAGAUUGUCGCGAAGAGAGGCGCCGCCUUUACGAUUAUGGUUGCCGGUGAAUCUGGCCUGGGCAAGACUACGUUCAUCAACACGCUCUUCUCGACGACCAUCAAGAACUAUGCCGACCACAAGCGCCGUCACCAGAAGCAGGUCGACAAGACCGUCGAGAUCGAGAUUACCAAGGCCGAGCUGGAGGAGAAGUUCUUCAAGGUCCGCCUGACCGUCAUCGAUACCCCCGGCUUCGGCGACUACGUCAACAACCGUGACUCAUGGAUGCCCAUCAUCGAGUUCCUCGACGACCAGCACGAGUCGUACAUGCUCCAGGAGCAGCAGCCCCGCCGCCAGGACAAGAUUGACCUGCGUGUCCAUGCCUGCCUCUACUUUAUCCGCCCCACCGGCCAUACCCUGAAGCCCCUCGACAUUGAGGUCAUGAAGCGUCUCUGCUCGAGAGUCAACCUGAUCCCGGUCAUCGCCAAGGCUGAUACUCUCAGCCCUGCGGACCUGGCCAAGUUCAAGGCAAAGAUCCGGGCUGUCAUCGAGGCCCAGAGCAUCAAGAUCUACCAGCCGCCCGUCGAGGAGGACGACGAGGCUGCUGCUCAGCACGCCCGCAGCCUGAUGGUCGCCAUGCCCUUUGCUGUUAUCGGCUCCGAGAAGGACGUCAAGACGGGCGACGGCCGCAUCGUCAAGGGCCGCCAGUACUCGUGGGGCGUCGCCGAAGUCGAGAACGAGGACCAUUGCGACUUUAAGAAGCUGCGGUCCAUCCUGAUCCGCACACACAUGCUGGAUCUGAUCCACACCACCGAGGAGCUGCACUACGAGGCCUACCGCGCGCAGCAGAUGGAGACGCGCAAGUUUGGUGAAGCCCGCCCUCGCAAGCUCGACAACCCCAAGUUCAAGGAGGAGGAGGAAGCGCUGCGCAAGCGCUUCACCGAGCAGGUCAAGAUCGAGGAGCAGCGGUUCCGGCAAUGGGAGCAGAAGCUCAUUGCGGAGCGCGAUCGUCUUAACAAGGAUCUCGAGCAGACCCACGCCCAGAUCAAGCAGCUGGAGGGCGAGCUUGAGUCCAUGCAGGGCACCGCCGUUCGCAGCCAUGGUCGCCGUUAG